CUCACAGUGCCCGCCCUUGUUCGCAUUUACUCCUCAUACUUCCUCGCAACUUGCCAACACCGAAUACCUUGGAACUUAGGAUUUAUCGAUCUUGAUCAUGUCCGAUCCCUCCAUCUCCAUCCUUUCCUUCAAACCGGACAACCCGUGUAACACUUCGCUCGUUAACGAAGAAGGAGUAGAAAUUUAUGCCGUGCAUACUGAUUUUGCCGACGAAUUGAAGCCUACAACUCGUGUAAAUGACGCGUAUGGCAAAUGUAUCGCGGAAUGGGUCUGGCGGGAUGUCCGCUCCGACCUGCUGACCUUCAAAGACAAGCCGCAGAUUCCCGCUAGUGCAUGGCUGCAUAAGUCGCUCAUUCCUUUCAACAGCGAUGUUACAUUCGAGGACGGCUCCGGUCGGAAAUACAAAUGGAAGAACAUCUCUCCUGGAGUCUACCCCCAGCUCUUUUCCGGCGAGUCGAAAAACCAGCCAAUCGCACGCUUUCAGCGGGCGCUGAAGGACCCCCAAGGGGUCAACCGCCCUGUUCUGCGGUCAGCACAAUUGCUUCUUGACGCACGCGCGGACGAGAUCCGGGACAUGGUUGUUGUCUCGUUUCUCAUUCUCGAGCGCCGGCGGCGGGAGUCCUCAAUAGAAUCGGACAGCCGUGCGUCGGUAAUGGCCGUGUCCGUGUCAAUGGCAGGCUCCUUGGCCUCCGGCAGUUUCUGAUGAACUCUCCGUCGGGCUCCUGUUUCCCGGUGUCUUCGACCUUUACUUACUUGCGAAGUCUUUCAGCCUCAUAAGUAUCAAAUCAUAUCACCAAUCAUUUCAGAUUUCAAACAUCACCCGGUUCUUGUAAUCUCUAUUUAGGUUAAGUUUAUUUGAGACAAUAGACUGUAUCUGAAGUGCACUUUUCUCUACACUUAAAUCUUCAGUAAAUUUCUCUUGCCC